AUGCGUGCAGGGCCGGAGCCCCAGGCGCUGGUGGGGCAGAAACGCGGCGCCCUGCGUCUUCUGGUUCCGAGGUUGGUCCUCACCGUUUCCGCUCCGGCGGAAGUGAGGAGGAGGGUCCUUCGACCCGUGCUGAGCUGGAUGGACCGCGAGACGCGCGCCCUCGCCGACCGCCACUUCCGAGGCCUGGGGGGCGAUGUCCCCGGCGUCGGCCAGGCUCCGGGCCGGGUAGCCUUCGUAUCGGAGCCGGGCGCCUUCUCCUACGCCGACUUUGUGCGGGGCUUCUUGCUGCCCAACCUGCCCUGCGUGUUCUCCAGCGCCUUCACGCAGGGCUGGGGCAGCCGGCGGCGCUGGGUGACGCCCGCAGGGAGGCCCGACUUCGACCACCUGCUACGGACCUACGGAGACGUGGUUGUACCAGUUGCAAACUGUGGGGUCCAGGAAUACAACUCGAACCCCAAAGAGCACAUGACUCUCAGAGACUACAUCACCUACUGGAAAGAGUACAUCCAGGCGGGCUACUCCUCUCCCAGGGGCUGUCUCUACCUCAAAGACUGGCACCUGUGCAGGGACUUCCCGGUGGAGGACGUUUUCACCCUGCCUGUGUACUUCUCAUCCGACUGGCUGAAUGAGUUCUGGGAUGCACUGGAUGUGGAUGACUACCGCUUUGUCUACGCGGGGCCUGCGGGCAGCUGGUCCCCGUUCCAUGCUGACAUCUUCCGCUCCUUCAGCUGGUCUGUCAAUGUCUGUGGGAGGAAGAAGUGGCUCCUCUUCCCCCCAGGGCAGGAAGAGGCCCUGCGGGACCGCCACGGCAACCUGCCCUACGACGUGACCUCCCCAGCACUCUGCGACACACACCUGCACCCGCGGAGCCAGCUUGCUGGCCCACCCUUGGAGAUCACGCAGGAAGCGGGCGAGAUGGUGUUUGUGCCCAGUGGCUGGCACCACCAGGUGCACAACCUGGUAAUGUGCUGCUUCUCCUGCCCCCUAUCAGGGGCCUUCCUGCAGGAAGACGGCAGCACCACCUCCCCGCUCUCCCAGCCAGAGCGGGGCUGGAAUGGGGUGGCUCAUGGGAUGACACCAUCUCCAUCAACCACAACUGGGUCAAUGGCUUCAACCUGGCCAACAUGUGGCGCUUCUUGCAGCAGGAGCUAUGCGCCGUGCAGGAGGAGGUCAGCGAGUGGAGGGACUCCAUGCCCGACUGGCACCACCACUGCCAGGUCAUCAUGAGGUCCUGCUCGGGCAUCAAUUUUGAAGAGUUUUACCACUUCCUCAAGGUCAUCGCUGAGAAGAGGCUCCUGGUCCUGAGGGAGGCAGCCGCUGAGGACGGUGCUGGGUUGGGUUUCGAACAGGCAGCCUUUGAUGUUGGGCGCAUCACAGAGGUGCUGGCCUCCUUGGUUGCGCACCCUGACUUCCAGAGAGUGGACACCAGCGCGUUCUCACCACGGCCCAAAGAGCUGCUGCAGCAGCUGAGAGAGGCUGUUGAUGCUGCUGCGGCCCCAUAGCACCUGUCAUGAGGAUAGAAGGACGGGUGGAUGAGAGGCAGCCUCCUGCUCCAGGGCCCUUCCAGAAAUAAAGACCGCCCUCCCUGUGACCUGGGGCCCACCCCUGUCGAGGCUCCUGGCCUGGCUGUUCAUGGCCACUGCCUGGGUGCCUGUUUUCAGGUGAGGCCCAAUGAGGUCAGGGACCCAAGAUGGGAUGUGGCCCUUCUGACCUGCAGCAGGCCUGCUGGGAGCUCGGAGAUGGCGCCAGGACCUGGCUCUUUUGGGGGCCCUGUCUCCUUAGGCCAGGACGCCUGAGCUGACAGGAGUCUGUGUCUGGUGUGCCUUCUCUGGAGGCUCCUCUUAAUAGGCCAGCCCUGUCCCCUCGUCUCAGGCCAUUGGGCCACCCCUGGCUCUGCCCUGUGGGUUCAGGGAGGGGUUGGAGCAGUGCUGGGCAAGCUCACCAGGGCCUCCAGGCAGGGCUGGGGUUGGCCUCCAUCACCUCCAGGUGAUGGGCUGCGGGACCAGUGGCCUGCGCCUUCCUCUGGGUACCCAGAGUGGAGGACUGGGUUGGGCUGGCCUUUGCCACCUCCCUGCCUUUGCAGGGCCUGUGGACAGCUGGAGAGGCCACAGAUGGGGUGGAAUCCCAUCUGCUGCUGAAUCCUCACCUGGGCCUGAGGGACUGUGCCUGCUGUGCACUUGCAGCCGGGUCUUCCCAAGGAUGCUGUUCUCAGGAGUGGUGGGUCCCCAGCGCCUCUUCACACUGGGCAUGAUGGAGGUGUGGGUGGGCUUGUCCAGGCCAAUCAAGGCACAGCAGUGAGCAGCGGAGGCCUGUGGUGGGGAAUGGACUCUCGUGGGAUCCUCUUGCAGAGGAUGCCCCAGGCCUGAACCCUCUAGUGGAUCCACAGUUUGUGGAGACUGGCACUCUCCCAGCCCUGUCCUUGACCAAGAGUCCAGCACUUUUUCAGUUGGCCCCUGGUUGGCUGCCUCACCCCAGCAGGGGAGGAGGCAUCCGAAUCCACAGGGACGGCACGUGCCAUGGCUAUGCACGUUGCCUACCCGUGGCAUCAACUGGGGCCGCUGGCACUUGUCUAGGAUGGAAGCCCCCAAGAAGGGCAGGGGUUUCUGUCUGCUCUGUUCAGUGAAUCAUGUGAAGUGCUUGCAAAGGCAGCUUUACACAGUA